GAUGGUGACACUUGUGUUCCUCAUUCUUGUCAAAUGCCGCUCUGUAGUAGAGCCCAGUUCUGGGCUCAACUUCACUAUCGCGAAACUAGGAAGUCGUGAAGGAUGAGGAUAUUUCAAAUUGCAAUGUUCUGAUUCUUUCCAGCUACUUUACAGAGAAGAUAACCGGUUUGCCGCUGUCUAGACUCCGCGGGCUGCUCAAACAAUAAUUUGAGCUUAGUUGGCAAAGUUAAGGCGAUUUAUGCAGACGCCAACUUUUGUGGUGGUGAUGACAACAUUUGUGGACAUUUGAAUAUUUCAGAGAUAUCGUGUUUCGGGCGUGCUACUGGACAUAUUCUACUUGUUGCAUGGAGAGAUCUCGUGGAAGGAAGAAUGCGUCUAGGUAAAGAUGAAUCACAAUGAUUUCUAGCUGGCUGCAUGUCAGCGCGUGUUAGUUUUGUUUUGAUUAGCCAACACAAAGUGCGCCCUCAGACUGAAGGCGCACCAUUGUGCGUAAAGAGCUUGUGAUGAACAAGUCAGACUGAGACGAAUUUAAGAGUAUAUACGCCAUAUAGUGAACAAAACAGUAAUCACUAACAGCCGUUGGAAGUGACCCACCCCAAUACAGAUGUGCAAUUUUGUCUGCUGCUGGAAAGUCUGUCUUCGCGUUUAGGGUUCUGGUAAAUGGCUUGGAUAGACUCGCUCCAGUUGGAAACUUCCUUUGAGGCUUUCUUAAUUCUGUGAGCUACAAGAUUUUUUCCCCUACAUUUCCCGUGAACUUCCCUCACGUCUACCAUGUCGGAGCGGGACUCCGGGUGCGGAGAUGCCUCUCCGGAGCCCCUACCCGCGCGGUCAUCCCGUGGAAGGCGAAGCGGAGUCAUCCUACCCACCUCCGCGAGCCCAGACUCAGAGAGCGUGCUCCUGGAGGCGGUCAAGGCAGCUCCCCGCAGAAGCAGCAUCAUCAAGGACCCGUCGGUGGCGAAGGUGGGUGGCGGUCGCAAGAAGACUGUCUCCUUCAGCAGCAUGCCGUCGGAGAAGAAGGUGAGCAGCGCGGCCGACUGCCUGACCUUCAUGCAGUGCGGCUGCGAGCUCAAGAAGGUGCGGCCCAACUCCCGCAUCUACUGUCGCUUCUACACCCUCGACCCGGACAUGUCCUGCCUGCGCUGGGAGCCCUCCAAGAAGGACGGUGAGCGGGCGCGCCUUGAGAUCUGUGCCAUCCGCGAGGUGCGGACGGGUAAGAGCACCGAGACCUUCCUCCACAACGGCCCCAGCUCUGACGGCCUGGCAGAGGAGGCCGCUUUCUCCAUCAUCUAUGGCGAGGACUACACGUCGCUUGACCUGGUGGCGUUGUCUGCAGACGUGGCCAAUAUCUGGGUGACGGGCCUGCGGUACCUGCUCUCCCUGGGAGGUGCCGGGGUGGGCGAGGGGGGCGGAGUCGGGGAGAGCAGCCCGGGCAGCAAGAUGCGACGGGAUUGGCUAACCUUUGAGUUCAGCAAGGGGGAUGAGGACGGCUAUGGGAUCGUCUCCGAGGACACGGCAGUGAAGACCAUCUGCAGGCUGUGUCCCGGGAUCAAGGAGGCCAAGGUGCGCCAGCGUUUUAAGGAGAUCCAGCGCAGCAAGGAGAAGCUGACGUCCCACGUCACCCUCGAGGAGUUCCAGGAGGCCUACUGCGAACUCUGCACACGGCCCGACGUCUACUUCCUACUCGUGCAACUCUCCAAGGACCAGGAGUGCCUGGAUAGCCAGGACCUGCGGCUGUUCCUGGAGACGGAGCAGGGGCUGCCCCUGUCCAUGGCCGAGGGCUGCACGGAGCUCAUCCAGCGCUUCGAGCCGUCGGAGGCGGGCCGCGAGCAAGGCCUGCUGGGAUUGGACGGCUUCACGCGCUACCUGCAGUCCUCCGAGUGCCAGCUGGGCGACCCCGAGCACCAGCAGGUCUGCCAGGACAUGACGCUGCCCCUGUCACACUACUACAUCAGCGCCUCGUACCGCUCGUACCUGCUCGACGACCAGGUGCACGGCCGGGCGGAUCUCGGGGGCCUAACGCGGGCCCUGCAGGCCGGCUGCCGGUGCCUGGAGCUGGGGGUGACGGACGGCCCCGAGGGGGAGCCACUCCUGGGGGUGGCCAACGGCGCGGACCCCCGCCACCACCACGGCCACCACGGCCACGGGCACCACGGACACGGGCACCACCACCACCACCACCACCACAACCUCCCGGUGACCCUGCGCAGCGCCCUGGAGGUGGUCAACAAGUACGCCUUCCUCACCUCCCAGUUCCCCUUACUGCUGUACCUGUGCCAACGCUGCUCGCCCGCCCAGCAGCGCACACUGGCACAGCACCUCAAGAAGGUGUUUGGCAGUCGUCUCUACAUGCCCGAGGCCCUGCCCGUGAGCCUCACCCCGGGCACCCGUGCCACCAGUCUGCCCUCCCCUGAGCAGCUGAAAGGCAGAGUGCUUCUGGUGGGCAAGAAGCUGCCACCUGAGGAUGACGGCUCGGAAGGGGAGGUGUCUGAGGAGGAGGAGGAGAUCGGCGGAGGGGGUCCGCUGGCCGGCCGCCGGAUGACCAUCCCCGGGGAGGAGGACCUGGGCGUGGUGCUGGUGGUUCCCCCGCCCGCCCAGCCCCGUCGCCUCCGGCUGCGCCGCGAGCUCUCCGACCUGGUCUCCGUGGCCCGCACGGGCAGCCGCAGCUUCUACGCCCACCGCAACAGCCUGCAACAAAACCACCCGCACUCGCCAACAGGGGGCAGCACGCCCACCACCCCCUGCACCCCCGUGCCGCUCGACCCGCCCUACUGGACCCUGUGCUCGCUGGGCGAGGGCGAGGCGGGCCGGCUAUCCACCGAGAGCCCCGAGGACCUGGUGAGCUUCACCAAGCACGCGCUGACCCGGGUGCGGCCCAGCUCCGUGCGGCUGGACUCCAGCAACCCCAACCCGCAGGGCUACUGGAAGUGCGGCGUGCAGCUGGUGGCGCUCAACCAGCAGACGCCGGGAGCCAUGCUGGACCUGCACCGCGCCCGCUUCCGGCAGAACGGCGGCUGCGGGUUCGUGUUGCGGCCGGCCAUCAUGCGGGACGAGGUGUCGUACUUCAGCGCCCACACCCAGGGCUGCGUGCCCGGCGUGCCCCCCCAGACGCUGCGAGUGAAGGUGAUCAGUGCCCAGAGCCUGCCCAAGCCGCAGGGCUCGGGGGCGAAGGGGGAGGUGAUCGACCCGUACGUGGUGCUGGAGCUGCACGGGGUGCCUGCGGACUGCGCCGAGCAGAGGACCAGGACGGCUCCCCAGAACCAGGACCCGCUCUUCGACGAGACCUUCGAGUUCCAGGUGAACAUGCCAGAGUUGGCGCUCCUCCGCUUCGUGGUGCUAGACGACGACUACAUCUGUGACGACUUCAUCGGCCAGUACAGUGUGCCCUUCGAGUGCCUACAGCCGGGCUUCCGCUCCGUGCCCCUGCUGGAUGUCUCGGGAGACCCCUUGCCCCACGCCAGCCUCUUCGUGCACGUGGCCAUCACCAACCGGCGCGGCGGGGGCAAGGCCCAGCGGCGGGGCAUCUCCGUGCGGCGGGCAGUGCGGCGCGGGCGCGAGUACGUAACCCUGCGGAGCACGGGGGUCAAGCUGCUGGAGGAGACCUUCAAGCCGGCCGCCGCACCCAUCAAGGAGGCCACGGACCUCAGAGAGGACGCGCUGAGUGCGACGGUGGCUUUCAAAGAGCAGUGUGGGCUCCCUCCGGUGGUGAAAGUGAAGCAGUGCAUGCAGAGCCUGGCCACCAGGCUGCAGGGCCUCGAUGGCAGUGCGGGCGCCGUGCUGCUGCUGAAGGACGGCUACCCCUGCCUGGAGCCCCUCGGCACCCCCACCGACGCCACACGCAAGCUGCUAAGUGCCUACGACAUAAUGGUAUCAGCCAACAAACAAAUAAUAGACAAUGCGGAUGGAGUACAGGAGAGGAUUGCACAUGUGCAAAGAGAAGGCAUGGUGUUCCAUGAGGACCUGGCCAAGCUGGUGGAGAAGGAAGGCCUGAAGGGCCGCAAGCAGAGCAAGGCUGUAGAGGCCUUCACCUGGAACAUCACAGUACUAAAGGGCCAGUGUGACCUGCUCCGCAGUGCUAAGGCUGAUGCGCUGGACGCCGUGCGCCAGAUCACGUUGGCGUGUGAGUCCUGCGGGGUGGCAGCCACCACCUCCGAGCUGCACUACGUGCCCCCCGCCGCCCUCUCCCGACGAGGCAGCACCUUCGGGAACGGACGCAUCUGAGCACUGGGAUCCCCACCCACCCCACCACAUCUACCAACCUACUGCCACCUACCAGCCCCCAGCAGGCAGUGUGAUACUGGCAACAGCAGUAUCUGAGCACCAGGCCCCACAUCUACCAACCAACCACCCUGCUACCACCAGACCAGCCCCCAGCCGUCCUCUACAUACGGGGCAACACCUUUGGCAGUGGACCCCAUCUGAGUCCCGGGACCCCUCAGCUACCAAACAGCCACCUACUGCCCCCACCAGGCAGAGCUGCUACUACUACUAGCAGCACCUUUGGCACCGGCUGUGUUUGAGCACCGGGGACCCUCAACUACCUACCAACCAACCAACCACCCCACUACCACCAGCCCCCAGCCGCCCUCUCUAUAUGGGGCACCACCUUUGCCAAUGGUUGCAUCUACCGUAAGCACCAGGACCACCACUCACCUACCAGGCGUUACCUUACUGCCACCUAAAAGUUGCCGCCAGGCAGCAUUAUGACUGCUGGCAGGCUAUGCCUGUUAUCUGAGUAGUCUGGAUCCCCAUUAAACUACCUACCAACCAACUACUAUCCGCCCUCUCCUGACGAGGCAGCACCUUUGGGAACAGGCCACGUCUGAGGACCAGGACACCUCAACUACCUACCAAGUAACCACCACCCCUUUAUCACCAGACCAGAGCCGACCUCUUCAUACAGGGCAGCACUUUUAGCAAUGGUGGCAUUUGAGACCAGACAAGAGCUCCAGCUAUCUAGCCUACAUAGCACCUACUGCUACUAAUCAGUCACCAUCAACCCUAAUACUAGUAGCACCUUUGCCAUUGGCUGCAUUGGACCCACACACACUGUACCUUCCAGCCAACUAACUACUGGCACCACCUCCAGCCAACAGCAGGUGGCGCUACUGCUUCUAGCCGUACCUUUGGCAAUGGCCAGACCUGAGUAGUCCAGACCCCCACCUUGCUACGUAUCUACCUACUGCACCUGUGUACCUACCGACUGCUCCCAAGUGCUACCUGGUGGUUGUUUGGGUACGUUGCAGCUCAGUUUAACGUCCGUCACACGUGACUAAUGUGGAUGCCGCAUCGCUGCCGCGUUCUUGGCGCGACAAUGCUUGCAUAUUCAAACUGGCGACGACCGCACCGAACCGCGACCAACUGCCACCAACUUUACUGCCACCUACCAGCCACUGCCAGACUGCUAUUACUACGUACCGGACUACAGUGCUACUAGCAGCACCAACCUGUCCCACACCCCAUCCCACAGACAGAUGACAGAUGAAGUGAUGUGGAGAGAAGACGGAAGGUGGAUGAAAUGCGGCCUUGGAUGAAAUAAUGAUGACUAACCAUGGCUAUCGUUGCCGUCCUGGGGGCUCUUUCUGGUUUAUAUAUCGAAUGGGGAAUACUCAUUGUUCUGUGAUCGUGAUGGCUAAUCUGUGAUCUGUGAUUGGUGGUACCAAUGAUGAGUUCUGUGAUGAGCUUUUGACUACAGUUGCUGUGUACAGUGUCGUAACUGCUAUUGACAAAGAAGCAUGAGACACAGCAAUGGGACAAUAAUGAGACUGUAUGGAGACAAAACGUCAGCAAGACGAUAUUUGCAAGGAAGAGGAGAAGUUUCUGUAACAAACACCAGUGGAUCAGUUGUCAGCCCGACAGUACCUGCCGUAGAUGAUAGCGAACUCCUGUAAAUGAGCUACAUUUCAGUAAUCAUCUAUUUACAAAUGGACCAUUUCUCAACCCUAUUGGAUCAGGCCUUUUUUAAUUUUGGGUGUCCUGAAGUGAAAACCAGGAUGAAAUAAUGGCUUUGUCGGCAAACCUCGGACGUCCAAACACAUUGCACCACUGACUUCCUUAAGAACGUGGGAGGAACGUCCGCUAACCUUCCUCAGUUCUUCUUUUCUUUUUCGAGAACCAUAGUGGAAAUGGAAAAAUCUCAAGUUUUAGACAAGUCCUUUGGAUGAGCCUGCUGUUGCUGUUCCUCUGAGGUGUGUUUAGAGUGUAUAACAAAAAAUGGAAGCUAGAGACUGACUAGUUUUAGUUUUUAAUUGGUGGUUUUAUUCUUGAUGCUCAAACGACUCUCUGUGGGUCAGUCGUUAACCCAGCCUAACUUUAGUCUGAUGUGUGUAGCCCUACAGGGUGUGUUUUUAGCAUUGCUAUUUGCUUAGCUGCAGUGGGUAUUAUGGAGUUGCUUAUUCUGUUGCGAGGAGGACAGGUUUUUUGUUGCCUUUGGAUCCAGUGAUGCCCGGCCUCUCCUUCCCCACUGCUCUUCAUUCCACUUAAAUGUACACAGACACGCGCGCAUGCACGCAUGCACGCACGCACAUAUGCACACACACACAUAGGCAUACAUAUCGAUGUGGGAUGGAAAUAAGUGCAGAAAAUGUGGAAAUUUACCAGCCACUAAAAACUGAAGGGUAGGAUUCAGCUUGCCUGAUUAUCAUAGACUUGCAAUCGCGAUUCGAUCUGAAGAAGCAACGCCACCGAAGGUGUUGCGUCGCUAGGAGGGCGCAGCCUGGCUAGGAUUCAGCAGCCCCUCUCAACACAGAUUCAUGAUGAUGUUGUGUCUGAAAUGCACCUGCCUCUCCCUUGCCUAACUUCUGUCUAUCACUAAGGCCACUCAAUUUAGAGUCUCUUCUGUUUUCUUUGUUUGCCAUCAAUAUUCCAUUACUUUGUCUUCAUUCCCUUUCUUUAUCUCUCGGUUUCUCAUUGUCACUAUUACUAUACCCCGUCCCUUCUCUCUCUUUCUCUCUCGCUGCUCUUUUCUUUCGCUCUCCCUGCCCUCUCUUCCUGAGAGGUUAUCUCCCCCUUCCUCUCUCUCCUCCUGGGGAGUUGGGUAUCACUGGGUCCACUCGGGCUCAUUAGUGUUGAGCACAAGUACUGUGGUGUGCCUGUGGUGUGACGUAUAGAAGUGACCGCUGAGAUGCAAAGAGACCUCCACCUCCUCCUCAUCCUCCUCCUCCUCCUCAUUGUCCUCCACCUCCUUCUCCUCCUCCUCAUUGUCCUCCACAUUCACCUCCUCCUCCUCCUCCUCC